AUGCAAGCGGGAGCCGCUUCCGACUCCAGCGCUCGCACGGCAGCAGCCCAUGCCAACGGCGGCGAGACAUCGUCAUCCAAAGCAGCAGCGGCGCCUGCAACGUCUUCGACGGUCCCGCAUGCUGGCGAAGGAGCCGUAACGCAAGACAGGACGUCGGUGGAUGCAGCGCAAGAGGACGUAUCGUACCAGUCGAUGGACUCGGAAGAGCUGUCGGCAUUGGAAGAGAUGGCGGAGGCCGAGUCGGAAUCCGACACCGAGAUCGACCGGCUCCUCGAUGAGGCAGCCGAUGCCUUUUCCCCCGAGACAGUAGCGCAGAUGACCAAAGACCUCAAGCAGCACGGCGUAGUCACGUUCUUACAACGCUACGUCGUGCCGGAUCCGCAGCCACGGCGCAUCAAGCAUCUUCUGCUGGCGCUCGGCGUCUUCCUUCCGCGUUCCAUGCGCGAGGCCGAUACGCCACUGGAGGUGCUGCUGCCCAUCCUCAAGACGGCGCUGGCACGCAUCUUGCGGCGCAGAGAAAAGCUGCCCGAGUACAAUACCGUGGACGAUGCGCUGGAGCUACUGCAGCGCAGCAAGCGCAUCAUGGUGCUCUCUGGUGCCGGAAUUUCAGUCUCGUGCGGCAUCCCGGACUUCCGCUCCAAGGACGGCAUCUACUCGCAGCUCCAGUCCGAGGGCAAGUACGAGCUCGACGACCCACAAGACAUGUUCGACAAGGGCUACUUCCUGCACAACCCGGCCAUGUUCUACUCUUUCGCGCACCGCAUCUUUCCGAGCAACUUCGUGCCGAGCUCGGCACACCGCUUCAUCAAGCUGCUCGAGGACCGCGACCAGCUGCUGCGCAACUACAGCCAGAACAUCGACACGCUCGAACAGCUCGCAGGCAUCGAGCGCGUGCUGCAGUGUCACGGCAGCUUCGCCACCGCAAGCUGUACCGAUCCCACCUGCGGCUACAAGUGCAACGGCCGUCAGAUUGCCAAGGACAUCUUUGCGCAGACCGUGCCUGCGUGUCCGGCAUGCGAGGAACGCAAGGCGCGCCAAGCCGCCGAGAAGCCCAGCAAGAAGAAGCGCAAGCUCGGGAAUGGCGGCAGCUGGCGUCCCACCGACGACGACGACGAUGACGACGAUGCAGAAGAUGAGACGGCGCUGGCGGGCUUUGGCAUUCUGAAGCCGGACAUCACCUUUUUCGGCGAAAAGCUGUCGGACGACUUUGAUCGUGCGCUGUUGGCCGACCGCGAGCAUGUCGACCUGCUUGUGGUCAUGGGCACCUCGCUCAAAGUCGCUCCGGUGUCGGAUGUUCUUGGACACAUCCCUCACACGACGCCCGUGAUCCUGAUCAACAAGACGCCCAUCCUGCACAUGGCUACGGACAUUAUGCUUCUGGGCGACUGCGACCACAUUGUCGAGUACCUUUGCCGCAGGCUGCGAUGGCCACUGCCCAAGAUCCAGCCCGACGAGGAGGUCGUCGGCACCCCAGCUGCCGAACAGGCUCGCGAGCGCGUGGAGCUGCACGACGAGGAGGACUCGAAACCCGUCAGUGGCGUCCACGACAGUAACGAUGCUGAGCUGAAGCAUCCCGAGCGCCUCAUGAGUAGCCACGCUUGGCUGUUUGAAGGUGCAGAGCCUGGCCGCCUUCCUGCGCUUCUGGCCGAGGUGCAGGCUGACGGUGAAUCGGAAGACGACCAUGCGGAUGCCACUGAACAGACAACCGACGGCCGUGAGGCACCUUCUCCGGUAUCAACCUCCCCGCCGGCUUGA